AUGAAUGAGCUCAUGCCUUGCAUCCUAGAAGUUGUGAAUCUCUCCUGGUGCUUUGAGUUCACUGAAAAACAUGUGCAAGCAGCUGUGGCACAUUUAUCAGCGACCAUCAGCCAGCUCAACCUCAGUGGCUACCGAAAGAACCUCCAGAAAACAGAUCUUUGUACCAUAAUUAAACGGUGCCCCAACCUUGUCCGCCUCGACUUAAGUGACAGUAUCAUGCUAAAGAAUGACUGCUUUCCAGAAUUUUUUCAACUCAACUACCUCCAACACCCCUCACUCAGCCGGUGCUAUGAUAUAAUACCUGAAACUCUACUUGAACUCGAAGAAAUUCCCACACUAAAAACACUGCAGGUCUUUGGAAUCGUGCCGGAUGGCACCCUUCAGCUGUUGAGAGAAGCCCUUCCUCAUCUGCAGAUUAAUUGUGCCUAUUUCACCACCAUUGCAAGGCCAACUAUGGACAACAAAAAGCACCCGGAGAUUUGGGGUAUCAAGUGCCGACUGACUCUGCAAAAGCCCAGUUGUGUAUGAAGUGCUUGCUGCAGGGCGGUGUCUCCUUCUCCUCUGGAAUGAGGAACACAGGCAGCAAAUCCACUUGCUGGAGACCUUGGUUACCUUUCCUGUUGGUUUUACCUUAGCCUUCAUUAUGCGUGUAUGUUAGGGAGCCAUUUGCAAGGGAGAACUAUAAAGUGUUGCUUUUUCAAGAAUACAGAGACAAUUCCGUCAGUGCUGUGCCCUCAGAAGCCAUGUGUUAUUACGUCUUUGGAAAUUUUAGGUGAACCUGUUAUUUCAAAAUAGCUUUUUAAAGCAAAAUUUGAGCCAACUCUUCCAAGUGCCCUUCAGAUUAAGUCUAUUUAGAAUCACAUUUUUAAAAUUACCCCUGGCUAACAGUUUCCAUGGUGUUUGUCAUAACUUUUUAUCUAUUUAAUUAUUCAGUAUUUUAUAAAACUUGAUUU